AUUUAAUAGUUUUUUAGUGACACACACUUAGUUAGCAAAUUGUACUGACGUAUAAUUCAAUAUGACUUUUUUUUCUUUAAUUUUGACACCAAACGAUGUAAAUUCAUGUGUGAAUAUGUUUCGACAACAUACAGAGACUUUAUGUCCAAAAUGUGGUAUCAAUAAAAUUAUAACAGUGAAAAAGUCAUUACGUCUUACCAUGGCCGUAAUAGACAUUGAUUAUGGAGCAUUUAUUAGAAGGCCAAUGGACUGGACAUUUGAAUAUGAGACACCUCAAUUUGUGCUAAACAACAGAUUUAAAUUCACUUUAAAAAUUAAAACAUCAACAGACGAUCAAGAGGUAAUAAUAUGUCACUUACACGAAGGUAAUAAAUACCAAUCAAACAUAGAUAUACAAUUAGAUUCUGGAUCAAGUGUUGUGUUUUCUUGUCAACAAACAUGUAGUAUACAUCUUACUGGCUAUUACUUGAAUUAAGAAUCAUGUUUUGUAAAUUGGUUUUAUAGUUAUCAUAUUAUUAUUAAUAUACAGUGAAAACUGUUGGAAGUAAUUUUUAAUAAAUAUAUGCCAAUAAUAGUUUUUCACAUUAUCAUUACCAAUUGUUGCUAUAGCAAUCUAUGUUCAAAAUUGUUUCUGAAUGCAAUGAUGUAUUCUUUUAUAUUAUAUAAAACUAGCUCGAAAGUCUACCGAACUUGUAUCAUACUUUUUUUUUUUUGAUUGAUUGUCAAUAAAAUAUUUGUGUACUUUAGCAUUAUUUCACAUUAAUUUAUUUGAUUAUUUCCAAUAUUUAUAUUUUACUAGUAGUUAGAAUAUAUAUAUUAAAUAGUGGAAUGUAUCAAAAGUAAAUAAUAUAUAUGGUAAUAUAAAUAAUUAUAAUGUAAUAUAUAAUGUAAAUUUAAUAUCAACCAGUUAGGAAAAGACCAAUAAACCGAUAGUUUGACCGGGUAUACCAGGACCAAAGGAUGAAACAUAGGAGUGAAACUGUCCAGGCUAUGGGAAGAUAAGACAGUAUCAUCGGUUAUAAUUUUAUUCUAAAUAUCUUAGAAAAUUAAGAAUCUAACAAAUAAGACUAAUAAUGAUAAAAAAAUGUUCAACCUUUAUACUACAAAAAAUGAAAUAGUGAUAAAGUGUACAAUGUUGUUUUUACAAUUAAUUUAAGGUAAAUAGAAAUAAAGUUAUACAUACGAAAUACAAAUUAAAAUAUACCAUGUAAUGACUCUUCCAUGAACUUUGAAUAAAGUAACAUAAAUUUGGCUACAAAUGCCUCUAAAUGAAA